CAAACAGUAAACGCAAAAAACAACAAAUACCCUUCGAUACCAGUCAACAAAAAAGCUUUCAAUAUCAAAGGAGACAUAUGUACUAAAAUGGAGACUUUCUAUCUCGUAAAGAAUGAAUUCUCUAACAAGUACCCAUCAAACCUUGACCCAUGGAGUGUUCACUGGGUAGGAAGAAAGUCAACAGUAAACACAAGAAAGGUGAGCUCAAACGACAUCGACGAUUCAGUAUUUGCCAAGUCUCCACUUAACCUUGCAACAAAAGCCCUGAUACGAUCGACAACAUAUUCAACAAAUGCGGGAAAUUCGUCUGCAGAGCUAGAUCAGAUUUUACAUAUUGAAGAAAUAAAAGAUGGUAUGAAUAUGUGCGAUACAUGGUCAGAUGAAAUGCAUAUCGAUGUUGCUGAUGUGCUUAGACCAAAUGAUAGUCCUCCUCAGAUUGAUGAGACAAUCUUCGACAAAUCUCCAUUCAACCGAGCAGCCAGGUCAAGAAAAGCAAGACGAGGGAGAGCCCCCAUCAACAAUACAGAUGACUUUUUACCAAUUGGAACCCUUGUAUGCAAUACAAUCAAUCAGUCAGAAAAUUAUGAAAGAACCACAACGGAUGCAACUUCUUGUAAAGCCUUCAUUGAAACGCUCGAUCCAAUCAAACGUUCUGGAAAAAACGACAAAGGAUGUAAUCACGGCAAUAUAGAGGACCUGAGUACACACAUAGGCAUUGAUAAUAACCAUGUUGAAUCAGUAGAGAUGAAGAGCACAAGAAAACGCGUCGGAAAGUUCCUGAGACGGUAUUUGCAGUUUGGAGGAAAGACACAAGCUGAAUGAUAGCAAUUCGUCAAAACAGACUUUAUUUUGUAUUUUUAUGAAUUCAAAAUUAUUACCAGUGUAAAAUACAAGCAAUAGCAACAAGAAUUGUAGAUGUAUAUGAUAAUCUGUAAGUUUUGUUUUGAAUCACCUUUGUACAGACUCCCUCUACUUCUCCUACUGUGUCUACUACCCAGUGAUAAGCCAGUAGUGUUUGCGUCUGUCUCUUCAGUACCGAUAUAUGUCCCUGUUGUAUGUGAUUCAACGCCAUCAAUAACAGUAUCAGUCUCAUCUUCAGGAUCAACACCAGCAUCAUCAACACUAGCAUCAUCAGCACCAGCAUCAUCAACACCAGCAUCACCAGCACCAGCAUCUUCAACAUCUUCAGCAUCAUCCUCAUCAACACCAGUAGCGUCCUUCUCAUAUCUAGCAUCUUUAUCGUCAUUAUUAAUGUAUUGUUCAUCAUCACUUCUCCCUUCAUGUUCACUCGGAUCGUUUGAUGUAUCAAUUAUUUUGGCGACUACAGUUCGAACCCUCGUAUCAUGUAGGGAUGUGUGUUGUGUUGAGGAAACAAUGUCCUUGUCAAUUUCGGAACCAGGUGUCCCUGCAAUGUGAGAAAGGAGUAACAUGAGACUCGCGAAUGUAUUAAUAUUAGUGGCACAACUGCUACAACUUUUGGACA